AUGGUUUUGAAGCACAACAACCAGUUGCCCAACCAGCAUUUCCGCAAGCAGUGGGAUCGCCGUGUUAAGACCUGGUUCGACCAGGCCGGUCGCAAGAAGUCUAGAAGAGUUGCGCGCAUCCAGAAGGCUGCCCGUAUUGCUCCCAGACCCGUUGAUGGUCUUCUUCGUCCCGCUGUCCGCUGCCCCACUCUUCGUUACAACAUGAAGUUGAGAUCCGGCCGUGGUUUCACUUUCGAAGAACUCAAGGAGGCUGGUAUCCGCACCAAGGAAGCUCGCACCAUUGGCAUUGCUGUCGACCACCGCCGUCGCAACAAUUCUCAGGAAUCGCUCGAACUCAAUGUUCAGCGUCUUAAGGCCUACAAGGCUAAGCUCAUUGUCUUCCCCCGCAAGGCUGGUAAGGCCAAGAAGGGUGAUGCUGAGGCUGCUGAGCUCGCUUCCGCUGUUCAACUCCGUGGUGGUCUUCUCCCUGUUGAGCAGGUCGCUGCUGCUCCUGAAGCUCGCGCCAUCUCUGCUGAUGAGAAGAAGGUCAACGCUUUCAUGCAGCUCCGUUAUGCCCGCUCCGCAGCUCGCACUCUCGGUGCCCGUGAGAAGCGUGCCCGCGAUAAGGCUGAGGAAGAAGCUAACAAGGUAAGUUGCUCUUUUUGA